AUCUUAGAGGGCCUUCUUCGGAAAAAAGAGCUAAACCCUAACAACACCCGCGAGAUCGAAAUCGAGCCGAAAACUUCUUCUUUUCCUCAGAAAUUCGAAGAAGAAGAGAGAAAAAGAUCGGGAGAUCAAAACGAAGACCACCAUGUCUACAUUCAAGAAAUUCAGCAGCCUUCCACCGAAAACAAAGAACGUGGUAGUUGCUGGCGGCUUAACUGGUUUUGUUAUCAGUGUGUAUUACUACACAAUGAGAGCGGUCGGAGGCACAGACGAACUGCAGGUUGCCAUCGACAAGUUUGAAGAGAUGAAGAACAAUAAAAAUGAGAAUGGAACUCCAGCUGCUUCACCUGGGUCUUGAAACAUAGUGUCUUUAAAUCUUAUAAUUUGCUUACUGUAUGGAUGGAUAUAAAUUGGUUGGUACCAGCAUAUUUUCUCAAGACUUUAUUUUCACUAGGCCACAUCGCAGAUCAAAUUGAAUAAAGCCACAGAUAGAGCGAUGAUUCUAGGCUUUUAUAGCAUUGAUGAUGUUUCAUGAAUUUUAAACAUUUGCUUA